ACGACUCGGUGCCCGCAGUCUUGCCAGACGACUCGGUGCCCCAGUCUUGCCAGACGACUCGGUGCCCGCUGUUCCGCCAGUUGACUCGAUGCCCGCUGUUCCGCCAGUUGACUCGGUGCCCACUGUCGUGCCUGGUGACUCGGUGCCCGCCGCUCCGCCUGGGGGCCCGAGACCUGUCGCUCCGCCUGGGGGCCUGAGACCUGUCGCUCCGCCUGGGGGCCUGAGACCUGUUGCUCCACCUGGGGGUCCGGCGCGCGCCACUCCCGCCUGGGGUCCGGCGCCCGCCGCUCCGCCUGGGGGCCUGAGACCUGUCGCUCCG